UUCCACCACAAUAGAGCCCGUCAGGAAACCACAGGCAGCCACAUUGCUCUCUUGAGUCACGGAGAGGACUUUCAGACACGCUCUCACACUCACCAGCCUCUCUUCUGCUUGCACACACACUUCCCGGCCCGGCAGCUCGCUCAGCCAGCACACUCCAGGAUGACAUUGGACUGAAACACAGCGAAGCGCCGUCGUCAGUUUGUCAAACCAUAAGUUGCAACCAUGCCCAUUCUGAAGAAGCUCCCGGGACGCUCCAAGAGCUGUCACGAGUUCCCCCGAGUCAACGGAGAGCUGAUCCUGCCCCGCCUGGACCUGGACCUCCGGGACUUGAACGACCUGAACGACCUGAACGAGCUGAAGGACAUAAACCGGAGCCUGAACCCCUUCGAGGACGUGGACCUGGACGAGGACGAGCGGAACGGGGGCCUGAUCAUGGGGGAGGUCAGGGGGAACCUCCAGCUCCGGUCCUCCCGAGACGGCGAGGAGGAGGAGAACGAGGUGAACGCGGAGCGGCACGGCGCGGGGAACCCCAAGGGGAGGCCGCUCCGGGGAACCCUGGAGCGCAUCUGCGGAGUGUCGCCGCUCAAGACUCUGGGCAAGCUGGGCAAAGGGCUCCGCAUCUCGGGACGCAACGUGUGGGGGGGCAGCGCUCCCCACUACAGCCCCGGGGACUCGAACACGCUGCCUGCGGACCGGGGGGAGAAGCGGAAAGGACUGCGCAGGAGUUCGGAGGGAAUUAUGACCCUGCUCCGCUUCACAGGUCGGCGUAGAGAGGAGCGGCGGGAGAGUCUGCCCUGCGGAGACCUGAGCGCCGUCAGCGAGGCGGAGGCCUCCAGGCGGCCCUCCUUCCUCAGGAUCAGUCUGGGCAAGCUGAAGAGGGAAUCCAUGUCGGACAAGGCUUCCCAGGAGACCGAGGAGGAGAGCGAGGACGAGGAGCCUGUGGUCAAAAAGAGGGAGCCCCUCUCAGUUCUGGAGAUCCUCCAGCUGGUCAACCACAGGGACCUGCUCCUGGCCGACACACACAUCCAGGAGCUGGAGCGCGAGUGUGAGCUGCUGGCUCUGCUGCCAGCCACCUCCACCGCCAGCCUCACCCCUCCCCUGUGCCCCAGCACCCCUCCGGGCAUGUUCCCUCUGUCCUCCGUGUCGCUGGAUGAGGCGCUCAGCUCCAGCGCCACGCUGGACUCCAGCCGCAGGAAGGCGAAGGACGUGGAGCUCCUGUAUGAAGCGCUGCAGAAGGAAAUGUGGGACGUGGUGCGCGAGUCCCUCCGUCAGCCCAGCGCCGGCCCCAACCUGGGCCUGGUGGUGCUGGUGAUUCAGCAGGAGGAGCACGCCGACGCCGCCUGGGCUCUGAGGGAGGAGACCAAACCCGAGCGAGAGGCGCCGCUGGUGCAGCCCAGCCAGCGUCCGCGGCGGCUGAAGGUCAAAUGGAGGCAGGCGGUGGCGGAGGCCGCCGACUGGAGCCUCCCACAUCAGAUGGACACCCAGGCCGGCCAGCUGGCGUCGUACCUGGAGCGCCUGAGGAGCCGCAUGGUGGACGACCUGGACGCGGCCCGGAGGAACGCCGUGUCCAUUUACCCGGAGGAGUUCUCCGCCUUCCAGGUGUAUGUGGAGAGCUACCAUCGAGCCGUGGCCCAGCGUCUCCGGACCAUCACCUGCGGCCCGCUGCAGAUCACCGACGUCUACUCUCUGCUCGACUGGUUCUACAACAUCUACAACAGGGACGUUCUGGGAGCCAUUGGCACAACUACACCCAUCAACUACUCCUCCCUGGAACCGAUUGUCCCUCAAGAAACCGUGGAUCGACUGGAGCAAGACUGCAUCAGUAUCGUCAGGGACAAAGUAACAACAGAACUGAUUCAAGUCCUGGAUGAAGAGGAGAGGCGAUGGGCGCAGUCUCUGCACAUAGAAGAGUAUCAGUCACACCUGGCUCGCUCAGUCAUCCAGAGGCUGAAGGUGGACUUGGACAGAUCCACAUCGGUGAAUCAGUUUCUAGGAGCAAGAGUCGCUCGCUGUAGUCUCAUCGGAUUGGCUGACUUUCUGUACAGUUUCCAGAGGAAGGUGGAGAUGUUUCAUGACACUCAAGCAGAGUUUGGAGAUCGAGGGGACGGAUAUGUUUCCAGGACCAUAUCUCUGGUCAACUGCUGCCCCUCUCUCAGGUCCUUUGUGGAGCGCUGCAGGCAGUGUGACCCACAGGGCAGCGAGGAGUCGGCACAGAGAGCCAACUCCUCUCUGGACAGGAUCAUCAACCAGUCCGUCAGGGUCCUGACCGACAGGCUGUUCGAGCACAUCAGGCCUUUCUUUGACAAACUGAUGAAGAGGAAAUGGCUGAACAACACAGAGGCCUUCGAGGCCAUCGAAGCCCUCAUCAAGCAGCACUUCAAGAAGUUCCGGAGGAUGGACUCUCCACCCUACCAGACGCUGGUGGGCGAGGUGCACCGGCGGGUCCUGGUGGAGUACGUCCGGGCCAUCAUGCGGGGACGGGUCAUCUGCACCUCCUCUAAGAUGAGGAAGAGGAUGGCUUUCCGUCUGCAGGAUGAGGCCAAGCAGCUCAAAGGACUCUUCAAGGAUCUGGAAUCCACCUCGUCCUGGUUGGACAGCAUCGUCUGCCACCUGGCAGACAUCAUCCUCCUGGAGGACACGCCCUCCAUCCAGAUGGAGGUGGCCGUCCUGGUCAAGGAGUUUCCAGAUAUACGGAAGAAGCACGUCUCCACCCUGCUGAACGUCCGCGGCAUGAUGAGGCAGACGGAGCGCCAGGAGAUCCUCAACGUGGUCAAAGACUUCGAGUGCAGCAGCGCCCUCAUGUGCCGGGACCACGCCCUCUUCGCCGACAUCCCCAUCACCUCGGAGGUGCACUGCAUCAGCCUGGGCUUCCUGCGCCUCGCCAUGACCGUCUCCAACUGGUUCUCGGAGCACCGGCCGAGGCGGCGCUGCCGGACGGGCGGCAGGAAGGAGGCGGCGCCGCCGCACGCCGAGGCGGCCGAGGACGCCGCCAAGCUCCACCGGGAAGACUAGCCGGCGGACGUAAUGACAUGUACGCGCACCUUGACCGAAAACAAACUGAUUGUACCAGAAAUUACCAACCGCGUAGAGAAACUUGACCUCAGGUACUGCUCGUACUGUACAUGCUCACCCGUUCACCAACACACACAUCUUUAGAGGAAAUGUGAAACCGACUGUAUUGUAACCACACACUUUGUUUUGUCGUAUUUGAAACCGUCUAUGCAGGUAAACGAGUCUUAUGAAAUAUCAGCGAAAUGUAAUUUGUUCAUCACCUUUUAGCCUUUUAUUCCUCCACAUUAUCGCAGAUGCAAAGCAGGACGACACACAGUGUCUGUUGUCCCACAUAUAUUUGCCAUAUCCUGCAGUAUAUAGAGCGUGCACGUGUGCAGCGAGGUUACAGGAAGUUCAGAGGCUUGGAGGCUCAGAGGAGUCGUCAGAACGCUCAAAAAAAUUUCACUGGAAAAGAAGAACUGAGGAGACGGGAGACAGUGAAGGACUGAAUCCACAGGAAGGCUGUGGCUGGAGCAAGUCGGCUGAGGGGAGCGCUGCGGCGGCGUGUGUGCUCUUUCCUCUCCUGACAGCACUUUGUAUGAAGAGAUCAGCAGAAGAUGUAAAGAAACUGGCAUCCUCUCUCCAGGAAAUCUAACUUCACAUUUAGAGAGAGAGGGAUGCUGGGAGAAGCGGAGCUCUGCAGGAGAGCUGGGAGUGUCUGCAGAGGGAAACGUGUUGAACUCUCACUGUGAAUUAAAUGGAUCUGUUGCUGGAAACGUAAUAAAAACCCAUUGAUUGGGCAGA